GGGGGGGGCGGGGAACGCGGAGGCUCCGCGGAGCGGAGAGGCAACCCGCACACCCCCGGCGGCGGGAGGGGCGGCGGGGCCCCGGGCGAGCCGUGCGCCCCGGCGGGCAGGGCGCGGAGCGGCGGCGGGCGGCGAGUCCGGGACCGGCGGCGGCGGCGCUGGUGGGCUGACCGGCUCCUGUUUGCCUGGCUCCAGUCUCCCCGCGGGCCCCGAUGAGGAGCUCCCCUGCGCUGCCGGACUGACGCCUCGCCGCCCUCCCUGCGGUCGAGGAGGAGCGCGGCGCCCCGAUCGCGGGCCGCCCCUGUGCCGCCCCCCCCCCCCCCCCCCCGGCGGGGGGCUCGUCUGCCGCCUGCGGGGCGGGCGGAGCGGCGCGGCGGGCGGCGGCGAGGCCGGGGAAGCGGGGAGCGGCGCCGCCGGAGACCAUGAGGAAAUUUAACAUCAGGAAGGUGCUGGACGGCCUGACGGCGGUCUCCGCCGCCGCCUCGGCCUCGGCCGCCGCGCAGCAGCAGCAGGCGGGGAACCGGGAGACCGAAAUCCAGGAGACGCUCCAGUCCGAGCACUUCCAGCUCUGCAAGACUGUACGCCAUGGUUUCCCCUAUCAACCUUCAGCCUUGGCAUUUGAUCCUGUUCAGAAAAUACUGGCCAUCGGGACUCAGACUGGAGCACUAAGGCUCUUUGGUCGGCCAGGAGUUGAAUGCUACUGCCAACACGACAGUGGAGCUGCAGUAAUCCAGCUUCAGUUCCUGAUUAAUGAGGGAGCUCUUGUGAGUGCCUUGGCUGAUGAUACCUUACACCUAUGGAACUUACGUCAGAAGAGACCUGCUAUACUUCAUUCACUCAAAUUUAACCGAGAACGGAUAACAUUUUGUCAUCUGCCUUUCCAAAGUAAAUGGCUAUACGUGGGCACUGAAAGAGGAAACAUUCACAUUGUCAAUGUGGAAUCAUUUACUCUCUCAGGCUAUGUCAUCAUGUGGAAUAAAGCCAUUGAACUGUCGUCCAAAUCUCACCCAGGACCUGUUGUCCACAUUAGUGACAAUCCAAUGGAUGAAGGAAAGCUUCUGAUUGGCUUUGAGUCUGGAAUAGUGGUAUUAUGGGAUCUGAAGUCAAAGAAGGCAGAUUACAGAUACACACAUGAUGAGGCUAUCCACUCUGUGGCUUGGCAUCAUGAAGGAAAACAAUUUAUUUGUAGUCACUCGGAUGGUACCUUGACCAUUUGGAAUGUAAAAUCUCCUGCCAAACCAUUCCAGACAAUCACUCCACAUGGAAAACAGCUGAAGGAUGGAAAGAAGCCAGAACCCUGCAAACCUAUCCUUAAGGUGGAAUAUAAAACAACUAGAGCUGGGGAACCUUUCAUCAUUCUCUCAGGAGGCUUGUCAUAUGACACUGUAGGAAGAAGACCCUGUUUAACAGUUAUGCAUGGGAAAAGUACUGCUGUGCUAGAAAUGGAUUAUUCUAUCGUUGAUUUUCUCACCCUCUGUGAAACACCAUAUCCUAAUGACUUUCAGGAACCAUAUGCUGUAGUUGUUCUCCUAGAAAAGGACUUAGUACUGAUUGACCUUGCACAAAAUGGGUACCCUAUAUUUGAAAAUCCCUAUCCUUUGACUAUACAUGAAUCUCCAGUUACCUGUUGUGAAUAUUUUGCUGACUGUCCUGUGGACCUCAUACCUGCACUCUAUUCAGUUGGCGCUCGACAGAAACGUCAAGGUUACAGUAAAAAGGAAUGGCCUAUCAGUGGAGGCAACUGGGGUUUGAUCACUCAGAGCUAUCCAGAGAUAAUUAUUACAGGGCAUGCUGAUGGGUCAAUCAAGUUUUGGGAUGCCUCAGCAAUAACGCUGCAAGUACUCUAUAAGCUAAAAACAGCCAAAGUAUUUGAAAAAUCACGGAAUAAAGAUGACAGGCCAAACACAGAUAUAGUAGAUGAAGAUCCAUAUGCUAUUCAGAUCAUCUCAUGGUGUCCAGAAAGUAGAAUGCUGUGCAUAGCUGGAGUUUCUGCUCAUGUCAUUAUUUACAGGUUCAGCAAGCAGGAAGUGACAACAGAAGUCAUUCCGAUGCUGGAAGUACGUCUGUUAUAUGAAAUAAAUGAUAUUGAAUCUCCAGAUGGUGAGCAGGUGCCACCUUUACCAACUCCAGGCACAGGUUCCAAUCCUCAAUCCAUUGUUCCUCAGUCUCAUCCAUCUACUAGUAGCAGUUCAUCUGAUGGCCUUCGUGAUAAUGUCCCAUGUUUAAAAGUUAAAAAUUCUCCUCUCAAGCAGUCUCCAGGCUACCAAAUUGAGCUUGUUAUCCAGCUCGUGUGGGUGAGUGGAGAACCUCCUCAACAGAUAACCAGCUUAGCAGUCAACUCAGCGUACGGCCUAGUAGUUUUUGGAAACUGUAAUGGUAUUGCCAUGGUUGAUUACCUUCAGAAAACAGUGCUCUUGAAUCUAGGCACUAUUGAACUGUAUGGCUCCAAUGAUCCUUAUCGCAGGGAGCCACGAUCUCCCCGAAAAACUCGGCAACCAUCUGGAGCAGGUCUUUGUGAUAUUAAUGAAGGUACAGCAGUGCCAGAAGACCGCUGCAAAUCGCCCACUUCAGGUUCUGGUUCACCAAACAAUUCUGAUGAUGAUCAAAAAAUGAAUAAUUUUAUAGAAAAGGUGAAGACCAAAAGCAGAAAGUUUUCCAAGAUGGUAGCCAAUGACAUAGCAAAGAUGUCCAGGAAGCUAAGUUUGCCAACUGAGUUAAAGCCUGAUUUAGAUGUCAAAGACAACUCUUUCAGUCGAUCCCGGAGUUCUAGUGUAACUAGCAUUGAUAAAGAGACACGCGAGGCAAUUUCAGCUCUUCAUUUUUGUGAGACUUUCACAAGAAAGGCUGAUACAUCGCCUUCCCCAUGCCUGUGGGUUGGCACCACGCUGGGUACAGUGCUUGUCAUUGGACUGAACUUACCCCCAGGAGGAGAGCAAAGACUUCUUCAGCCAGUAAUUGUUUCUCCUAGUGGAACCAUCCUGAGGCUAAAAGGGGCAAUCCUCAGAAUGGCUUUCCUGGAUACCACAGGAUCUUUGGUCCCACCAGCACAUGAACCCUGGAGAGAACACAAUGUUCCUGAAGAUAAAGAUGAAAAAGAUAAAUCAAAAAAGCGACGACCUGUCUCAGUGUCCCCCUCUUCCUCUCAGGAAAUCAGUGAAAACCAAUAUGCAGUGAUAUGUUCGGAAAAGCAAGCAAAAGUUAUAUCACUGCCAUCCCAGAACUGUAUUUAUAAGCAAAACAUAACAGAGACUUCUUUUGUUCUUCGUGGAGAUAUUGUGUCAAUGAGUAACAGUAUCUGCCUUGCAUGUUUCUGUGCCAAUGGACAUAUUAUGACUUUUAGUUUGCCAAGCUUAAGGCCAUUGUUGGAUGUAUAUUACCUGCCACUCACCAAUAUGCGAAUAGCCAGAACAUUCUGCUUCACCAAUAAUGGACAAGCACUCUAUCUUGUCUCACCAACUGAAAUACAGAGGCUCACCUACAGCCAAGAAACAUGUGAAAAUCUUCAGGAAAUGUUGGGUGAGCUCUUCACUCCUGUAGAAACACCAGAAGCACCGAACAGGGGGUUCUUUAAAGGCCUUUUUGGAGGAGGGGCACAGUCACUUGACAGAGAAGAACUCUUUGGAGAAUCAGCAUCUGGAAAGGCAUCGAGGAGUCUUGCCCAGCAUAUUCCAGGGCCUGGGGGUAUUGAAGGUGUCAAAGGAGCAGCAUCUGGUGUAGUUGGUGAACUAGCACGAGCCCGGUUGGCACUAGAUGAAAGAGGACAGAAACUAGGAGAACUGGAAGAAAAAACUGCAGCUAUGCUUUACAGUGCUGAUUCUUUCUCUAAACACGCUCAUGAGAUGAUGUUGAAGUACAAAGACAAGAAGUGGUACCAAUUCUGAUGAUGCUCACCAAUUACAUCUGCUUAAUUUUGUCCUGAUGAAAAAAAUCUUUUUUCAUUAAUUUUGGCAGGACCAUUGAAAUUUAAAGGAGUAUUCAUCACUGGAUACUGUUGUUUCCUAGCACAAAUCACACACUGUUUUACCUCAGUCAUGGCUUUAACUGAGGAGCUUUAUAUUUAAAAGAAGCACGUACAAAAAAAAAAACCAAACUUGAGUGUUUCUUAGCUGUUGGUUAGCUGAGAGUUGGAACAGGGAAGGUAACUAGAACAUGUGGAGAAGAGGGUAAAGGGAAAACAUAGUGCGAGAUGGGCAGGGGCAAUGCAGGGUCAAUCCUGUGUUAAUAUUUCAUAUGCCAAAAGUUUUUGUGCUAUUGUAAUUGCUGCCAGUGUUAUACCCUCCUGGGAGGAGAGGCAAUAAAUCAGGGGUCCAAGAGCUGAAAUAAAGUUGUUUGUCUUGCUGGGCGGUAGCUGACUUACUCUUACCCCUCUCUAGGACUCACUAUAUUUACCAUUAUUGUUGAAGAAGAAUUGAAGCUUGCUGUCACUUCUUUCAUCGGAAAAGCUGGAAGCUUGGAAGAUUUCUUGUUGAAAAUUGUAUACAUAGUUGACCUGUGCAUAGUCUUUUCUUGGACCCCUGAUCUAGUAUUCUUGUAUUCACAUCAUAUUAUGUGAAGUGCAAAACAAGAGAAUGCACAAUUUUUGCAUUAAAAAAGUCAAGUGAAUAUUAUGACUGGAAUGUGUCAUGCUGGGAGUUUUCAUUUGUGUUAUGGCUGUGCAAUGUGAAACGUGGUAACAUCUCCAUUGUGGUAAGAAUACCUCAACUUCUGUUCAGUUAAACAUUAUUUUUUGCCAAAAAUGGUUACUGGUUCAGUUUGUAGAACAUUUAGAAUUGGCUGUGGGUUCCCUUCAUGCUGUGAAAUUUUAUAAAUGUUUAACAGAAUGUAUCUUUACAGCCAUUAAUUAAAAUAGCUGAUAGUUUUAUUUAAGUUCUAGUUGCCCCUUUAGUCCUUUACUAUGAAAUCGGAUAAUCUUGGACUCAGGUUUUCAGUUUCAUACUCGGUGGAGGUGCUGAUGCAUGAAUAAUGGCAAGCAUCUAAUAUUUAAUAACUGUCAGUGUACUGUUUAGCAAAUUUCUAAAUCCUGCUAGUAGAGCUAUUUUACAAGUACCUAUCUCAGCCCCACCCAGCACCAAAGGCAGUUGGCCUAAAGUUUGGAUUUAGUCUCUGAAGCCGUGUUUUCAUUGUGGGCAGUGGUAAGUGUCCACUAAAACUUCAGGAAUGGGUGAAAUAAUGUUCAGUUUGGGUAUGGUAAAUAAUAUAGCUGAGUUAACUUGUUAAUAGCUGCUGCACUAAAGCUAUAACAGUGGGAAUGACCAGAGCUCUUUUAAAAAGAGAGGUUUCCUUAAAAUAAAUGUUGGCAUUUCAGACAUGUAUUUCGACUUUUUUCCUCAAAGCAGGAGUAGUUACUGACAGAUUUUGUUUUACAAAAGGGAGUACUUAGAAGGUAAUAGGCCUACCUUAUCUGAAAUUAAUCAUUUGGGUUUGUUUUUCCAAGCAUCAUAUUCUGCGUGGGUGUUUUGGCACACUUGAUGAAUGUUCCCAAAGCAAACCCUUGGUUAUAUUUGUAUUGUAAAGUGACAGUGCAGGUACAUAGGUAAGGAAACCUUUCAAAACACUUAAAAAAAUGCAAAAUAUUGAAAUUACUGAUGGUUCUUAAUUAGUUUUUCAAAUGAAAGGCAAAUGUGUUUGGCCUUUCCAGCACAAAUUAGUAAAUUUUCUGAUUUUAUGUAUAGUAACAUUUAAUUUAGAAAGAAGUGAAAUCUGUUGCCAGUAUGAGGGCAUGCCAUACCACAUCCACUGUUCAAAGAACUUAACAAAUGAGAACAUGACAAUUUGAACAAGCAGCAUUAUGAUUUCUUGAUGGCUCUGUCCCAUACCUACUGAGACAAUGUUAAUUCCAGUUACUUAACUCAGCUUGCCACACAAUUUUUGCCUCUGCAUGUUAAUUUCUUUUUCACUGUAUGAUUAAUGCAUAUUUAAAUUAACACUAUUUUGUUAAAAAUCCAGGUAGAAGAAAACUAGAUAAACUACUAUCCACACCAUUUCCAAAAAUAAAACACCCUAGCUGACACUUGUCCCCUUCCUUAUCUCACAUUUAUAAAUUGAGAUAACUGAUUAUUAAUUGACCUGAUGAAGAUGAACUGCAUUUCAGAGCAACAGAAUCCUGGAAAAUUAGUUUGGUCAGUCUCUGGGCAAGAGGAUGGCAGAAGUACUUUUCAGCAAAUCAUGGUAUCAGUUAACUGGAAGAUGACUUUGGCUUGAAAGGAAAACAUACUUGACUUUCUCAUCAAGAAACAUUUGACAACCACCAGCAAGCAAAAAAAAAAAAAAAAAUAGGCAAUGAGAAACCAUCUGCCAGUACAAGAGUAGUAGUGGCUUAUUUGGUAUUAUAGAAUUUAUCAUAGUUGAAUCUUUUUUCUGUUGCACAUGUUCAGAGCGUUCUUCUAAUGAAAUGAUUGCUCAUGAGAUGAAUACACAAAUGGUUCUUGGUCAAUAAAAGGGGCUAUGUACAAUUUUAGUCUAAAACAUUUCUUUUUCCUUCUCUGUGGAAGGAAUUUGAUCAUACACACAGCAUUGCAUCUUACUCUGCUAUUGGUGGUGCACCUUUUGUACAGCAAAGUAUAUUGAAAUCCUUGGGGGAAGCACCCCUGUUUUUUCGCUAGCAUUUUAGUUGUGUGAAACUUUUUUAGAGUGUCUGGAAAUCUAUAACAUAUAAUUGAACUAUUACUUUUCUGUUUUGUUUUGUUUUGAUGGAAGUGUAAAAAACUGCUGCUAGCUAUCUGUUUAUAUGUAGUAUCUCCCAUUAGGAACUGUAAAUUGAAGAAGCUUUUCUUCACCUUAGUCCUGCCAAACUGUAACUUUUGAAUGUUGAUAUGUGUAAAUAUGUGUGUAUUCCAAAUAAGUCUGAAAGUGUUACACCACAGGCAUCUCCAGUGAUUUGUUCUUCACCAAAUGGUCAGCUAUAAAAUAUAGUAAUAUAUAGCUGUGUUCCUCAUCUGUCUUUAUGCAAAGAUUUUUGCCUGAGGUGGUACUUGCAUGGCAGGUGAUGCUGGAAAGCUACAUCCAAAGGAGGAUUUUUGGAAGCAAGUUCAUUUCCCUUUUUUCCUUUUUUGUUUUUGUUUUUUUGUUUGUUUCGGUGUGUUUUGAUUUGUUUUUUGGCUUGCUUUUUUUUUUUUUUUUUUUUUGCUUAAUUAAUGGCACUGAUCUUACCUGAACUUUUAAACUUGAAUUUUUCCUGCACUUUAAUUCAAUCAUGGUAUUUUAUUCCUUAAUUUUGUUUCUACAUUUGUGCAGUUCAGGUUCAUUAUUUGUAUAUAAACACACAUGUUCAAUAAAGACUUCAGAACAGAUUACUUUCGGGCACAUUUGCUAAUUAUGUGACUAUCAUUUAGAAUGUGUGUUUUCUUAGCAAAAUAUGUAUAUACAAGUAUAUACGAUAUAGAAUCUACUGAAAGGCACGUAUCCUGUGUCAGCAUUCAGUUUAUAAAUUUCUGCAACACUUUCAGAUUUGUUACUAGAUAAUACAAUAAAAUCUGUUAUAUUUAUACAUACUGCUUAAGAAUAUACUUUUAGUUUUAAAUAAUUUUUAUAUGUACACUUCUACCUUUAAUUUUAAAAAGACUUAUGUUCAAUUUUUAAGUCAAAGUACUUAAAGUAUGUAUAUUAUCCAUAGAAGAAGUUGUUUUAAGCUUAUGAAUACAUUCAUAUCUCAUAUCGAGAUGAUACAAUUACUAAGCAAUGAAAACAGCCCAUUUUGCUUUGCAGAAAAUAAUCAUACUUAUUUUUAUCUCCCACUUUGAACAUUCUUAAACAACUCCCUAAGUAUGGAGAGGGAAUAUAGUGCAUUUGGAAAACUAACCUAACAUAAAAGUUUUCUCAGUAGCUGCAGUCUGUGGCUGACUGGUUUUCUAUGAUUUUAUUUCUUUUAGGUAUACACAUGAAAGACUUUUUUUCAGCUCUAUUCCUCGGACUUCUAAAAUUCCCCAAAAUUGGAAUGAGGUUUGUCCAAUAAAUACAUUUUUUUGAGUAAUGUAUAAAUCUUGAUUACACAUCAGCUCUUUACAUGUAAAUCAAGGGUGGAUUUUUGUAUGCUGAACAUGUAUUGGAAAGCUUACAGCCUGUGGCUGAAGUGCCCUCUUGUUUCACAUCAUGGUUUAAUGUACCUGGGCUAGCAGGGAUAGCAGCUGAAGUCCGGUGCGAGGGGAAGGGGUGCAGCGCCUCGCCUCCCACUCCGAGUUGCAGGGUAACUUGGCCAUUGAACCUUUCCUCUUUCUAGCUAAUUUCCUGUAUAAUUUAUGUGAAUCUUUUUUGGGUGGAUGUUGAUAGCUUUGCUACUACCAUAAAAUCUUCAAAUACUUUGUAGACAGAAAUUAUGUUUGAGGGAAAGAAGGAAAUAAAACAGAAAAAAGAUGUGUAGUGUAGGCGAAUCAGCUAAACCUAUUUUAUUUCAGUUUUCAUUGAAAAGCUAAGUUAAGCUGGGCCAAUUUCUUAUUAUUAUGCAUGUUAUAAAGAUGUGCUGUGUAUCAUCUACUUUAUUACCAUUUCAAGCCAGAUGAGUGUACUGUGUUUCUGGGUUCUUUUACAUUUUAUAAAGUUUAGGCUUAAAGAUGUGGGCAUUCAUUUUUAAAACAAAACAAAAAACAAAAAACAAAAAACAAAAAAAAAAAAAAAAAAAAAAAAAAAAAAAAGAAAAAGAAAGAAGGCAGAAACAUAGAACAGUCAAGUGAAAGGUGUCAAUCAGUAUUCCUUUUACUUUUCCAUGUAAAGCACCUAGAAAUGUAUCAGUCCUCUACAGCUAUAGGUUAUUUUGACACUUGUGUUUCUUUUUGUUAGUACCUAAGCUACAUAUUACCAGGCAAAUAACUAGAAGUUAAACUGUUUCAGUUGAAAACAUGUAAGGAGUUGUAUGUGGAUUACCACUACCAUUCAGUAAUAGGUGAUGUAAAGGGAGAGAGGUGGGAACAUGUUUUAAAUAUUCCCUUUUAAACCAGAAUUGUAAAUAAGCAGUACUGUGUUAUUUUAGACCUGAGCUCUGCUAUUUGUAGUGGUUAGAACUAGGAAAACAUGCUGCUUUCUAGUUAUGCUACUGUUUCAUUGUACCAGCACCAUGGGGGAAAAAUAAAAAAAAAAAAAAAAAAUCAGUAAGUUUUUCUAACAUUGCCCACUUGCGGGUAAGCAUGCUUGAUGUGUAGCAGUUCUCGUUUAUGUAUAUCUUAGUGUGUACAUGUGUGUUUUCUUUUUUCUUUUUGUUCAUUGCAACUUAUUCUUCAGUUAAGUCUUGCUGAGCCCCACUAGCUCUUCUGAGGGUGAUUACUGGAAUGUGCAUUUUAGGUAGGGUUGCAAAUCCAUCUGUCUACAAAUAUAGUUUCAUAUGAACUGCAAACUGUACUGUUACAAACACAACAAUGUUAGAUUGCAUAGAGUUAUUUUACUUACAUGUACUUGAACUGAACUAUGUCAUCAUAACAAAGUUAAAAAAUUAAGUAUGGAAUAUUUUUGUAAAUAAAAAUACCUGUGCAGCUGGUAUUUUAAAUUUAAAAUGUAUUAUACAUUAAUGUUUCAGAAAAAAUGUUCAUAUAUGUGUAUAUGAAUGUGUCAUUAUGCUGAAGGGCUCUUGAUUGGGCAAAAUAAACUAUUCAAAUCUCUCCUGAAA